AUGCCCAAGCAAUACAUAUACGCACCCUGGACAGCUCCGUUGGCAGUGCAAGAGAAGGCUGGCUGUGUUGUCGGGGUCGACUAUGCGGCACCAAUUGUUGAUCACCAGGAGAUGAGGGCCGCCAAUCUCGUCAAGAUGAAGGCCGCUUACGAUGCACGCCGGACAGCUGCUAGCAGUUCAUCCAAUACGGAUACGGCACACAAUUCAUCCAAUAGGGAGACAGAUACGCCAUACAAUUCAUCCAAUAAGAAGACUAAUGCAUCACCUAGCAUAAUCGGGUGGCUACGAGCUGCCAAACCUCAGGCCAAGAAGCGGAGGGAGUUGUAG